AAAUAACCCGAAAAUUCAUAACAAAGACUUCCCAAAACGACCGCCAAAUGCUCACCAUCCCUCUAUAAUAAUAAAGCACCACUUAUUCGUCCCACCACCAUACCAAACUUCUCUUGUACAUUUUGUUCUCUGCAUCCUCUUCGUCGCCGUCGUCGGAGUUGUCGUCAUCAUCGUAGUUAUCUACCGAUUACUACAUAAUUAGUUAAUUACUCAGUUAAAUAUGGCCUCUACAGUUUCAGGGACUGGCGCUCCUUCGUUAAAACGGCCUUCGCCGUCGUUUCGCCUCCGCUGUACUAGUCUCAACUCUGUCCGGCUCCGCCGCAUCUUCGAUAUGUACGACAAGAACAAGGACGGCUUCAUCAGCGUCCACGAGAUUAGCCAAGCCCUAGCCCUUCUCGGGUUGGAAACUGAAAUCUCCGACCUCCAUUCCACUAUAAAAUCCUUCAUCCGACCCUCAAACGACGGCCUCAACUUCGACGACUUCGUCUCUCUCCACCAAUCCCUCUAUGACACCUAUUUCGACAAUAACAACGGCGAUGAAGAGGCUGUCGCUGCCGCUGCUGAGGCAGCAUCAACAGAUGCAUGCGACAAGGAGACUAAGUUGUCGCAGGAGGAGUCUGAUCUUUCGGAGGCGUUCAAGGUGUUUGAUGAGGACGGCGACGGGUACAUAUCGGCUAAAGAGUUGCAGGUCGUGCUUGCCAAGCUCGGAUUCCAGGAAAGCAACGAGAUCGAUAGAGUUGAGAAGAUGAUCACCUCCGUUGACCAGAACCACGACGGCCUCGUUGACUUGUUUGAGUUUAAGAACAUGAUGCGCACUACUGUUCUUGUUCCCAGCUCUUGAAAGUUCUUAAUCAAAUCGAUAUUUGAUAUGCAACAUGCAUUUGCUUGUGAUAUAUAUCAAUUAAUAAGUACUCCUCUUUGAUUUUUGUAGUUAGUAAUUAAGGUGUAUCCUAAUUGGUGUUAUUAUUGGCUAUUGUGCUCAAUCUCCACUUAUAGCGUAUAUUUUGAGUGCAAUGAAAAAUCUCUCAUAUAUGUACACGCAUGAUGAUUUUUAAGGAGGAUGCUAGCUCUAGUUUUCGUU